AUGCCUACAUAUAGAGAUCUAAUAGAUUUAGAUGCUGAUGAUGAGGAAACCCUAAUACCACCCGUCGACCCUCUAAGUGAGGCUAUGUAUAAUAAUACCAAAAUGGACUAUACUUUUCAAAAUCUUAAGCAUACUGAUGAAGAUGAGAUAAUAAUAGAUGAUGAUGAUGAAGAAGAUCAAAACGUACAGGAUAAUGGCACAGAACAGUAUGAUGAUAACAUACCGACAACAGGUGACUUACAACAACAAGAUCAUCAUUCUAAUACUUCAGAUACAUCCAAUUGGAAACUUCUAAGAGUUCUAGUAGGAGCUCAUCAAGGGUGGGUACGAUCAGUAGAAGUAGAUCCAAUCACAAAUAAAUGGUUUGCCACAGGUUCAUCUGAUGCAACUAUUAAGAUCUGGGAUUUAGCAAGUCUGAAAAUAAAAGCAACAUUAACUGGACAUAUAAUGGGAGUUCGAGCUUUGGCUAUAUCUUCUAGGUAUCCAUUAUUAUUUUCUGGAUCAGAAGAUAAAACCGUUAGAUGUUGGGAUUUAGAAAGAACUAAUUCCCCAUCAGGAGCUCAAAUUAGAGAUUAUCAUGGUCAUGUGGGAGGAAUUUAUUCUAUGGCCUUACAUCCAGAAUUAGAUUUAUUAUUUACUGGUGGUAGAGAUGCAGUUGUAAGAGUUUGGGAUGUACGUUCAAGAGCUGAUAUUAUGGUUUUGACAGGUCAUAGAAGUGAUAUCAGUUCUGUACAAAGUCAAAUUGGAGAUCCUCAAGUUAUAACUAGUUCAAUGGAUGGUACUAUACGAUUAUGGGAUCUUAGAAAACAAUCAACUGCUUUAACAAUAACUCAACAUUCGAAGAGUAUACGACUGAUGAUUGUUCAUCCUCAUGAAAUGACAAUGUGUUCAGGAGAUACUACUGGUAAUUUAAAGCAAUGGCUUUUACCUGAAGGUCAUUUAUUGAAUGAAUUUGGUAAAUCAGAAUCAGGAAAGAUAAUUAAUACUUUAAGUAUUAAUCCUGCUUCUAAUAUAUUAUUUGCAGGAUAUGAUGAUGGGAAAGUAGAAUUUUAUGAUUAUCAACAAGGAACUUUAACUCAAUCUACUUCUACUACUCCAGUAACUGGAUAUACAGAAUCAACAAUAUAUAGUUCAACUUUUGAUAUGCUGGGAUUAAGAUUAAUUACUUGUGAAGGUGAUAAGAGUAUAAAGAUUUGGGGUGAAUCUUCAAUAUAA